ACCAAGUUUUCCUUUGAAGAGCAGCAGACACUCUAUCCAGCAGCUGGAGAGUCAGUCAAGAGAAUUCUGGGGACAUUUGAAAGAACAGAGACACAAACUCUCCAGGGAGACAUAGAUGGAGCAAAGCAGCUAACCUGGCCCCAAAACAGCUCAAGGUGCACCAUAAUCUUUGACAGCAGAAACAAGAAGCAGCUAUCAACUCAAGAUGGCUGUCAGGAUUGGGAUAAUGGAGAGGCUUGGACUCUGGAGGACUGGGGAAACGCCAGAGAAAGAACCGCCAACCAGCCUAGCCUUGAAGACCACAGUGGAGAUCCUGGCUCUUGGUCAGCCCCUACAUCUGGGGACACUGUACGACUGUUGCUCCGAUACCUUCAUCCCUGGCAUCACUUUGUGGGACAGGGAGACCCUGGAGAAAAAUGUGACAACAGAAGAGCAAAACAAGACUGACUUUGACAUCAUCACCUCUGACUCUAUUGAUGAGAAGACCAACGGCAUGAAUGUACCUGUAGACCUGAAAGCCAGUGUGCUGGAGGGGCUGGUUGAAAUAGGAGGCUCAGCCAAAUAUUUAUGUGACACCAAGACAUCCCAACAGCAAGCCCGGGUCACUCUCAAGUACAGUAGGAAUACACAGUAUUCCCAGCUAAUGAUGAACCACCUGGGCUAUCAGAACAUCUCUUACCCUGAAGUGUUUGAUAAAGGAAGAGCCACCCACGUGGUCACAGCAGUGCUCCAUGGGGCCCAGGCUUUCUUUGUGUUUGAUCAGAAAGUUUCCACUCAUGAAAAUGUCAAGGAUGUAGAAGAAGUAUUGAAAGCUGCAGUAGAGAAGAUUCCCAAAGUAGCAGAAAAAGUAGGGGAAGAGAUGAAAAUGGCAGACAGUAAGAAAACAUCAAGCAAGGAAUUCAGGUACCCAGAAAACAGUGGAAGAGGUUCAAGUGAGCCAGGACUCAGAAUUGUCCUCAUGGGGAAAACAGGGGCUGGGAAAAGUACAACAGGAAACACCCUUCUGGGCAGGAAAGAGUUUGAGUCCAGGUGUUCAGCAACAUCAGUCACCAAGGUCUGCAGGAAAGCCAGGACCACAUGGAAUGGGAGAGACAUUUCUGUUGUUGAUACUCCAGGCAUUUUUGACACUGACACAGCCGACCAAGAAAAUUUGAAAGAAAUAGUUCAUUUGGUGAUGCUAUCCUUUCCAGGACCACAUGCUAUUCUCUUGGUGUUGCAAGUGGGUCGUUUCAGCCAGGAGGAUAAGGUAGCCAUUGAAAGGCUUUAUACUAUUCUAAGAGCUGAAGCAGUGAAGUUUUUGAUUCUUGUAUUCACUGGGAAAGACAGACUAGGAGAAGGAAGUAUAGAAGAUUACUUAGGAACCAUUGAAGACUCAUAUUUCAGGAAGUUAUUGGAGAAGUGUGAACACCGAUGCUGUGCAUUUGAAAAUAAUGCUAGUGGAGUCCAGAGAGAUGCCCAGAUCUCAGAGCUGAUGGCCAUGAUUUCAGAAAUGGUGCAAGAUAAUGGGUGUACCCACUACACCAACAAUGCAUAUAAAGCAGUGGAAGAGCUCCUCCAGGAGAGAGAGGCUAGGGGUGUCAGCAAUACUACAAGGACUGUUUUGAGAAAAUGGAAGAAACCAUGCAGAAAUAUGAGAAGGUAAUGGAAGAAAGGGGGGAAAAUGGAAAAGGAUUAUGAGCAGUAUCUGAAGCAAAAUUAAGAAUAUCAGAAGCAAGAAGAAGAAUAUGAGAAGCCAAGGCAGGAUUAUGAUGAUAAGAAGAAAGUUAGAAGAAAAUGAGAACUACAGGAGAUAUAACAGCUCCCAGGAGCAGCCUGAGGGUUAUCUGAGAAAACUUUGGGAAGUUCUAAACUUGAAUUCAUUUUUCAUUAAAGUUUAUGCGAAAGAUAUAAUUUAAAACACAUUCUAAGAUCUUCUGGCCACCAGAAUAAUUUCCUAUCUAGUUUCUACUUUGGGCAACAUUCAUAAAGAUGGGCAGUCAUUGAAGGAUGCAGAGCCAAGGGGCAGGAAGACUUCACAUUCCUGACUAUCACUUUUCUAACCAGAUUCCAAGUCUCCUGCAGGAUUACUCCAUCAUUAACCCAAUGCCAACCAAGUAAUUUCAGGGGGAGAAAAGAAACAAAAUAAAAGACCUGAGAAGUUUGCCUAGAAGGAGCAGAAAGAUGAAAGAUGAGCUCUGCAAACGAUGGGAGGUUUUUAAUAGAUUUUUUAAAACGUUUCACAUAUAAGCCACUGCUUAUUUAUAAAGCAUCAUUUAAAUAUCAAGAGUAUCUGUUAACCUGGGAAUGCAAAGAUGUAUUGUGUUUAAAUCAGGUUGUUCCCCAAACUAUCAUCUUGGAUAUACUUGGAGAGGUGAAGGUCUAAAAAAAGUAGAAAAAUGUAGGAAAUCAAAUAACUUGCCUUAUCCCCAUUUUUUUCCUUUUCUAUACCUCCCCAUGAAAUUUUUAAUGUUUUUCUCCCCUAACCUCCAUGUAUAAAAUAAAAAGGAUUAUCUCAUUCAUUGACAAAAGUCAAGAACAGUGUUUAUAAUUUUAUUUUGUCUCACACACACACAUAUACACACUCUCCCCUGGCUCCAUUCAACAAAGGUCAGUGGCUCCUUUUUGCCUCCAGGAUCCAGUAUACAAUCCUCCCUUGGGCUGUUCAAGCCUUUGGUAGCAGGGCCCCUUGUUGCCUUCCCAGGACUCUUCCACCACACUCUCCUCCAUGAAUCAGCCGCCCAGUGUACCUGCCCUUCUUCCUGUACCUCGCUCUUUGCCUCACCAUCCUCCAUGUCUGGAAUUCUCUCCUUGCCCCUUCAGCCUCCAGGCUCCCCUGGCUUCCUACAGAUUCCUCCAAAGGGGCUCCAACCCCACCUCUGGUGAGAAGCCUUUCCCCUCUGUCCUCACUGCCAGUGCCCUCCCUCAGUCAGGGAUUCUCUCCACUUUGUCCUGGAUGGGUCUGGUUGGCACUAAGUUGUUUGCCUGUUGCCUCCCACAUUAGACUGUGAGUGCCCUGAGAGCAGGGACUCUUCUGCCUUCCUUUACAUCCCCAGUGCUUAGCACGGUUCCUGGCACACGGUAGGCUCUUAAUAAAUGUUUCCUGCUUUGAUUCUUUUGUCCUGUGGCUUCACUUUCAUAAGGGGGCCCCAGUCCAGUUGUACCUGAUUAGAUCAUAGUGACUGUCUGGUCAUCUCCUUCUCUAAUACCUGCUCACAGUAGACAAAAAACAUGGUUGCUUUGGGUGGGGGUAAAAAUAGGAAACCGAUAUAAUUAAUAAGCAUCUGAUCUCAUAUCAGCUACCUUCCAAGAGGAAAUAUUUUUGUAUUGUCUGAAAGUUCCCUCCAAGAGGAAAGGUGUUACCAAACAUCACUUUUCAAAAUUUUUUCCUGCCCUAUAUAAAGUCAGACAUAUUUUGAGUAUUACCUAAAACAUAAAACAGAUUCAGAGUUCAACUAAUUUUUUGAAGCCAGACCCAAGAUUAAAGUGUUUUAUACAUUGUCAGACUGAGAGGAAUUGUCCUAUUGUCCCCAGUGGGGAGUGAUCUAUGGGAUUUAACCACUGACAGGAGGGAGCUGAGAUUAUUUCUCUAUUUCAAUUUAACCAUAAACUUUUUUAAAGAUUUGGUAUUUGAUCUUGUCCAGGCCGGAAGGGAAGCAGCCACUCACCUUAUUAGCACCAAAGCUUUAACCUGCUCCUUUUUCUGACCCUCACAUGUUUUCCCCUCCUACUCAGCUUGGUAUCUCUCCACUUCAGGGAAUUCACCCUAUUGAUGCUAAACAUAGUGUGACAUCUGAUCAACCUU